UUAGGUUCAAACUAUUAGUUUUGUCUUUUUCACUCCAGUCCGAUUGUUCCACCUGAUCCGUCAAUAGGUUAAGGGCCCUUUGCCCGCGGUUUCGGAACACUGAUGAAGAAAGAUAAAGUUGUUGCUGACCAAGGAGGGCAACUGGACGGCUGUAGCGAACGGAACCGGUCACGGAUGCGUGGAAAACCAAGGACAAACAAGCGCUGGCAUCGAUCGGAUUGGCCGUGGAGGACAACCAAUCGCUCCACAUAAGGAAGGCUAAAUCGGCAGCGGAGGCGUGGAAAGCUUUGGAAAAUUUCCACGUGAAGAGAACGUUUUUGAUGAUGGUUGCUGUAAUGAUGAAAAUACUCGCAUCACGCAUCAUUAUUCUCUAAUAAUGGAGAUAUGGAAGCGCACGUAUCAAAGAUAACGGAUUUGAUUGAGAAGCUCAACAUUUUACUGCAUCAGAAGGUCCUGAAGGAACAGUUGUUGGUGACCAUUUUGUUAAGAGGUAGGGUAAAUGAUCUUGGUUUGUCCAAUUUAGGGUGUUUUUACGCAACUAGUAAAUGCAAAUCGAUUUUUCUUCAUGAAAAUAACAUGUAAUCGAUACGAGUUUGGGUUUGCUCAAAAACCCCAAGUCUCUAGUUGCUAAUACUACCAUAAGGCGUUGAAAUUAUUCAAAUUUUUAUGUUUUUUAACGUUUUUCCUCAAAGAGAAAUUAUCAUGGUUUGAUCACCUCUGAUCAUUGUUUGUCCAAAAAAUGAUCAUGGUUUGUCCGGUUUUAGAAAUCACUAUUUUUGAAUGAAAAAAAAUAGAAAUUUCAAGUAGAUGUUACAUUUAUCAUUGUUUGAGUUCACUGUCAUCAUAUUGAUUCAUUCAUAAUUUAGGCUUUCUUCAGAAUAUAGCCUUUUAUUGGGCAUUUUAAAAGUGUUCACCUCAACACAUUUAACAUAGAGAAACUUUAUUUCUGCUAUGUGCGAAGGACACAACAAACAAACUGCAGCGCGCCAAGCGGUUGCCAUAGAAAUCAUGUGGACAAAACAACAUUAAUUAAUUGGCCAACUCAUGAUCAGAAUUGAGGUCAUCGAAAUGCGUUAAUUUAAUGGUUUAGCUCUGAAAAUCUGAUACAAAUGGUGUGCAAGCAUGAUGUUUACAAUAUUUGUGAGUGUUAUAAUCCAGCAAAGGUCUGAACACGUGCCAAAUAAUCAUCUGGUGAUUGAUUAAAAGUUAGCUCAAUUGAGUGGCGCAUUGACAUCAAUAGAAAGUGUAUUUUAUCAUCCUUUAAAACAUGUGAAUCCGUAAAAAUAUACUACAAAACUACUGUAAAUCAUGGGAAUGGCUAUUUUAUUUAUAUGUUUUGAAACAUUCGAAUACCUGAUUUGACAAAGGUGUACUGAAUUAGAGCAUUCAAAACAGUGGACAAACCAUGAUUGUAUUUUCAACGGGACAAACCAAAAUCAUUUACCUUAUUCGUUGUCUGUGAAGCAACUGGUGAAAGGAGGAUUUACCGUCACAUUCGAUGCAAGCAAUGCGAGACUCAUAAGAGAUGACAAACUGCUUCGUCAAACCAUCAAGAGUGCAUCCAUAGUAGGAGAGAUGAGAUAACUGUGUCCAUGAAGGGAAGAUGCACAUGGUGCCAUUCCCGAAUGUGCCAGGAAGUGUAUCGUCUGCAGUAAUGGAUUUGGUUCACACAGAUAUUUGUGGGCAUCGUCAAAAUGUGGAUAUUAUCGUCAAAAUGACCAGGUGCAUGCUUGUCCAUGGAAAUCUGAAUAAACGCUUCUGGGGAGAGACGGUGGUGACGACAAACUACAUGCAGAACCGUUUGUCGUCGCGGUCGAUCACCGACACACCAUAUGAGCGGUGGAUUGGAAGGAAGUCCAAUUUUGGACACAUUUCGCGGUUUGGCGUAGACGCAUACUGUUAUGUGCCAUCUGCGAAGCGAGGUAAACUGGACAGCAAGGCAGUCAAGCUGAGGUUCGACGGUUACAGCGAGGCAUACCGCCUGGUGGACGAGAUGACAGGAAAAGUAACCAUUAGUCGUGAUGUGAGAUUCCUAACGUCUUGUGGGCCAGAAUCAGAGUCGAUGGAGGAAAGAUUGGUUGUUCCAUCCAUCAAUGUCCAACGGAUGGACCCAGUGUGCGAGGUAGUAUCAAUUGAGUCUGGUGAUGACGAAGAAUCCAACGACGAUGAUGGUUCAGAUGAAGAAGUAGUUGAAACUGUCAUUGCCCCAAUACUAUGGUGGGUGGCUCGCAGCAUGUGGAUGCCGGUAUGCCCCGUAGGUCAACACGAUCCAUUUUUGGUGUAACACCUAAGUGGUAAACAUGUACAACAAAAACAUCGGUCCUGGUGGAGCUAAAUUCAUUAAAGCAAGCUUUGUCUUGUUUGGAGAGUACCAGGUGGAGUCACGCGAUAAUGGAAGAGCUAGAAUCAAUUGAAACGAACGAAACAUGGGAUUUGGUUGACCUUUCGGCUGGGAGACGCGCCAUCGGAUGCUAGUGGGAGGCCAAACGGAAGCAGGAUGAAAAAGGUAAUGUACAGGCAAUCCUUUUUUUGUGCGGGGGAUAGGGACCGCACAAAAAAAUCGCACAAAAGAAUCGUGUAAAACUUCACCAGUAGCUUUAAAAAGUCGUGUUUGGUACACAUUUCGAUAAAAACUUUUAUGUGGGGUAGAUAGGGACCGCUUAAAAAAACUUCCUCCAAGGAAAUAACUCAAACCCACGCCGUUCACCGUUCAAUUUGCGCGUGGCUGAGUUGUGCUUUUAGAUGCAUGUCGAAACUAGUUGCUGUUAGAAAAAUCUGUCAUGCAAAAACUUAGAGCAUUUGAUGGGAGGAGGUUAAUGACUGCAGAAGAGGAUAAUUUAGACGCAAAUAUGCUUUUUCGCAUAAAUGGACUAUAAUUUAGUCAAAUAUGCUUCUUUUCAUGUACCGCACAAAAAAACCGCACAAAAAAAAGAUUUUUUCAUCGCACAAAAACAGGUUUUCCUGUAGUUCGAUACAAGGCCAGGCUGGUAGUGCAGGGAUUCAACCAACGUUGUGGAACGGACUACGACGAAGUUUUUGCGCCAGUUGUUCGACAUACCACAUUCCGCACCAUGAUGUCCAUUGCAGCAAAGAAAAAGAUGAGUGUCGAGCAGUUCAGGAGAUCUUCAUCAAGCAACCUCGCAGUUGAUGUACAUCGCAGUCAACAGAAGGCUCGUAUCGUAGCAGCAAUUUCGAUCCUAAGCGUGACUGGAACGAAUUAAAGCGAGUGAUUCGUUAAAGGGGAUAGCUAAUUUAAAACUUCGACUAAGCAGUAGUGACGGUUCUUCCGGUCUGGUUAGUUACGCUGAUGCCGAUUGGGCUGAAUG